AUGGCAGGCUUGGAGGGCAACGAACACCAGCAGCAGCUCCAAUUAUUCAGCGUAGGCUCGGCCGUAGAAGUGAGGAGCGACGAGGAAGGGUUCAAAGGCGCCUGGUUCAGAGCCACCAUCGUCACAAGUCCCACAAACUUAGCCUCAAAGAAGAGGAAAAGGGCCUUGGUGGAGUACAAGAGCUUGGUCACCGAAGAUGGCUCUCAGCAGCUCAAAGAGUACGUUGAUUCGGCUCUCUUGAGGCCUGUGCCGCCUCCAUUGGGUGACCAAAACUUUGAGGAGGGUGACGUGGUCGAUGCGGAUUAUAAAGAUGGAUGGUGGACUGGAGUUGUAAAAAAGGUUCUUGACAAUUCCAAGUACACAGUCGUGUUUGAAUUCCCUCCAGAUUUGAUUGAAUUUGAGGGAGAGCGUCUCAGAUUGCAUCAAGAUUGGGAUGCUGGCAAAUGGGUUCGGCCCAAUAAGAAGGAGGUAUUGGCCGCUUCAGAUUCUCCACAAAAUAAAGAUCAUGUAUUGCAUGCUCAAAACGAUUCCAACCAUGUUGAAGUGGCUACUCAACUUGAAAAUUUGGGUGCUGUAGAGGAUAACCCUGAAUCAAAAAAUUCACGGAAGAGUCUUUUGGAGCAGCUAAGUUAUCCCCGGAGCAUCAAGAGCAAAAAGAUGUUAGCCCGUAAUGUUACUGCUACAGACUCGGGUCCUUCAAAAAAGUUAAAGGACGACAAAGCUGCAGAGGCGACAUUAUCCAUUACAGCACGUCAGUUGAGGAAAAUGCCCGACAAUAAAGAAAUGCUCCAUGAAUUAGCCACAGUGAGUAGAGGAGUUAGAGGAACAAGACGAUCAAGAAAACCCGUUGUUAGCCAUCAACAUCUUAAAACAGAGAGCUUGCUUGAGGAAAAUAAUGUUAAGACUAAGGAAGAGAGAGACGGUGAAGUGGAUAGCCAAUGGGUACAUCCUGUAACAAGUAAAGGAAGACGUACAAAGUCUCCAUUUGGAAGCCGGUUGACCCAAGCAGGGUAUAUCUGUGCACUGCCUAGCCAAAAGAGAGAAAAAGAAAAGGGUAAGGAAGAGUACGCAAGUGUUAAUUCUGCUGGAAAAAUAGUUCAGAAGGAGGGGAUAAGUAAGGAAGCUGAAGUGCCUCACACUAUCAGGUCAAAAGCUAAGGAAAAGGAUGGUUCACUGGCUGAAAUCCCAUGCCAGCUUCCUAAUGAUCCUGCACAAGAAAAGAGCAUGGUUAUGUCAGCUGAACUUGGCAGUGAUUCAAUUUUCGCUAACCUGCUCCGUAGCCUGGUUCUUUUUCCAGACAUGGAGUUUAAGCAGCAACCAGCUGGCGGAAGUACUCAUAAAAGAAAGAGGGGCAGACCUCGAAAAUUUGUGGAUGUAGGCCCACAAGCUUCAGAGGGAGUCAAGGGGCAGAAUGGAUUGGGACAAGUUGCUGAUGGAAAUGUUGCAGAAAAUCAGACGCUUGAGGAAGUUGCUUUGCAUGUGCUCAGAGGGAUGGACUCUACAGAUUCACAAGAUGCCUCUAGAAGAAAAACAGCUGAGUUUCCUGGAACAAGGUGCAUGACAAAUGAACCUGCAAGGACCUGUGUUGGAGCAGAUGAUGAUGACAGACCUCUAUCCAUGUGGUUUGGAGGGAUGCAGCAUCCUGCAAGCGUGGGUGAAUCAAGAUCAUCCCCUGAUUGGAAUGUUAGAGAACCAGUUGAGGUAGCAAGGAGGGAAUCUCUUGCAGUUGAUGCAGUCAGUGGCAGUGGGCAAGAUGAGAAAGGAGGCUUGCCUUUUGUUAAAAGCUCUCCUGUGUGGAAGGCAAUUGAAACAUUAGAAGUAUUCAGAAUGAUACCACAAAGUCCGCACUUCCGUCCUUUGAGUCAAUGCAAAGAAGAAUAUCGUGAGGGAUCAGCAAUUGGCAAUAUGAUAACCUUUUCCAGACUGGCGGAGAAAAUAUCCAGGCUGCACUUUGAUGAGCCCAAAGAUGAUUUCAUUAGCAUUUUGGAGAGUCUUCUUGACCUGGAAAAGUAUGGAUUUAAUGUCACAGUUCUACGUGAGCGCGUGAAUCAUUUGUUGUCUGUUAAAGACAGGCAAGGGCAGUUUCAGGUUGAGUCAAAAGAUGCUGAAAGUAAGAUCAGGGAGCAUUCUCAUGAAAAGACAAAGCUUGUAGAAGAGGCCGACUGUAUUGAGAAGAAAAUAAUUGAGUUGAAGGAGAAACAUGCAUCAGUGAAGUUAGAAGUGGGGGCGAAAGAUCUUGAGAUUGCUAGAUUGCAAAAGCUUGUGGAUACCAUGAGUGAAACCAUUCAGAGUGCUCGGUCGGAUUUUGAAAAGCUAGCUUCAGCUACCUUGAAAUAG